AUGACAACAAAUACGAAAAACAACGUGAGUACAAAGACAUCAUCGUUACCACCAACAAAUAUAACAAAAUUGAAUGAACUGAUUCGUCUGUUGAUAAAUCAUGCAGCAGAUAAUCAUUCUUAUCGUACAUUUUUAUCCGAAAUACAAAAAUUAUUAACACCUUCAUCCUCAAAUUCAUUACCGAUUUAUUCUAGUCCAUUCUCUCAUUUUCAAUUACUAGAAUCAAUAUCUACUAUUAAAAUCGUUCUAACAUUACCAAUAUCUCAGCCAUCAUCUGAAUUAUAUCAUCAUUCACUCGGAUAUUAUCUGUUACUCUUAUCAUUACAUACCCAUAAAUUAUUUGUUGAACAAAUAUUAAAAGAUGUUCACAAAUUGAAAAAACAUAUUGAAUAUUGGAAACAUAAUCAAAAAACUCCAAUAUCUUCCUUAAUCCAUCAGAUAACUACAACAUAUUUCUUUGAUAAGGAAACCGAUGAUAUAUUAGCAUCAGAAAAACUAAAAUAUUUAAAAAAUUAUGAAUUUAAAUGGAUGAAUUCAAUUGGAAAAUUAUGUUAUUCAAUAUCAACAUUAAACAAUUAUUUAUCAUCAACAUCAACAAAAAAUGAAUUUAUUAAAGCAUUAGAUACAGUUGAAGUAUAUACAAAUUAUUUAUAUUUUUUAAUUUUUGAUGGUACUCUCCUAACAUUAAAUUAUCAAUCAACAAAAAAAAUAAUUGAUCUAAUUAAUUGUUAUGAACAUAUUUUAUUAUCACUUCCCGAAUUUCAUCAACAAUUAUCUAUUAAAACUCGUUUAUAUCAUCAACCAACACAUUUAAAACGUUAUUGGGCAUAUUAUACAUUUGGAACUUUAACAUCUCUCUAUCUAAUAUAUAAAUUAUAUUCAAAACAAAAAGAAAUUAUCAAUCAAUUUUAUUCAACAUUUGAUUCAUUUAAAUUUUUUAUGUCUGAACAUUUAUUUAUACCAUUAAAAGCUAUUUAUGAAUCAACAUUUCAUUCAAAAUCAUCACAAGCAAUAUUUGAAAAUACACAAAAAAAUUAUCAAAAUUCAAAAAUAAUAUUGGAACAAAUGAUAGAACAAUAUGGUAUAGAACAUUCAAAACAAUUAUCUCAUAUUGAACAUGUUGAUAUUGAUCAAUUUCUAACAACUUUACAUGAACGAGCAGUCAAUGAAGAUAUGAAUGUUGUUAUGAAAUAUUAUCAAUAUGAAUUAGAUCAACCUAUUCGAUCAGCAUUAUUUGGAGAUUUAAUCAAAGGUAUUCUUAUUCAAGUACAAAAAGUAAAAGUUGAUGGUGAAUCAUUGGCCAUUCAAAUUGAUCAAUUAAUGAAACAAAAUCAAAUUAAUUUUAGUUUAUUGGCUACUAUACCAGCAUUUUUAUUAAUUACAUUUUUAACAAUUACUACAAAAAAUACAAUUGUUAAUCGAGUAAUUAAACGUCGAAAAUUUGAUUAUACUAUAAUUCUUAAACAAAUUAUUCGUAAAUUACGACAUAUUGAACAAUUAUUGAUAUUUAAUACAGAAUUAUCGACAAAAAAUCUACAACAACCAUUAUCAACUACAAUGAAUUAUAAUAAUAAUUUAAUUAAUAUUGACGAAGAAGAUCUUAAUAAUUCAACUGCCAUUGAUCAAAGUAUAAUUAUUGUUGAUAAUACAACAACAAAUGACGUAUUUCAAAUGAAUAAUUUGACAUUUGGUCAAUUAUUAUGUUUGAUUUAUGAAUUAAAAUUUUACACAGUACAACUGAGAUCAACAAGACUUCUAUCGAAUGAAAUUAAUGAAGAUGUUAAUCUAUUAACGAAUACAACACUAACAAUAAAACAAAAGCUUUUAUUAAUAAAGCAAAUAUUUCAUUCAUACAGUUUCCUAUCUAAAUAG